AUGUCCCGAAGUGCGGCAAAUUAUGGCAGUCUUCUGGCAGAAUACCUGAAAUCGCCUGAUGAUCUAGCCAAGAUCCCGUCUCUGCGCCGAAAGCUUGUGCAGGAGCAUGCGUCGCUCUCUGCGAAACUCAAGAUGGGCGCCAAGGACCAGCUGGAAGCCACCCGCCAAGGGCUGCUUCAGCUGCAGUCGACGCGCCGUGAAAUAGCAGGGAUACAAGAAAUAUUUGCUCAGGUCGAGGGUCUUUUCGAUGAGCCCGGGCGUGGAUCUGGUGACGCGAGCGAGAAUCAGAGUUUCCGGCUGAUCAGCGACUUGUCCCGGCUCCGUCGCGCAUUUGUACAGACGACAGAUAUCCACGAAAAAUUCAAGGCCAUGUCUCAGGAUGUGCAGACCCUAUCGCAUGUGUUGCAGCAAUACCAACGCGACAUUUAUGGGCCAGCGCCGGAACUCUUGGCGCUGCACUACAAAAUCUCGCAGUGGGAGACCUUCCGCAACGAGGCAUUGCACUUGGCUGGUACAAGUGCACCAGAUACACGCGAGCAGCUCAUUGCCAUGCUUGCGCCACUCGAAGCUUUGCUGGAUGCCUUCGAAUACUACAUGAUCACGCUGUUCUCACACACGCUCGAACUCGCACGCCGCGGCCAGUCGAGUGUCGUCGUGCGCUUUGUCAAGAUCAUGGAGCGCGAGAACUAUGAGGACGAGCGCACAGCGGCUAUCCGAUUUGCGAAGCAUGCCAAGAUCGACGGUGCAGCUCGAUUCCAUGGUAUUGCGACGUACGGCCACAGUAUCAAGCUGUACUGGCACAAGUUCCAAGACACGCUUCGAGGAUCAGCGCUUCGGCGCCUCCAGGCGCAAUGGAAUGCCCUGCCCGAGCCAAGUGCAAAAGGGCUGCACAGCCAAAUCCACUGGCUCUACGACGAGCUCGACCUUGUGCGUCGCUACGUGGUGCCGCUCUUUCCCGCCAGCUCCCAUGUGUACAAAAUCUAUGUCCAAGCGCAUCACCGAGCACUAGGCGAGCUGCUGCGUGUCCAAAUGCCGUUAGACGAGGUGGAUGCUGCGUCUCUGCUCGAGCUGUACGACGUGGUCCAUGCACAUGAGCAUCGCAUGCUCGAUCCGAAGCGGGGUAUCGAAGCGUCAUGGCUCGAGCCGUCCUUGUUCGGUGGUCGCGAACACAAUAUCAUGGACGACUAUGCCGGUCUCAUCACCCGCAAAAUGGAUGACUGGACGGAGACGCUCAUGUACGAUGAAGUGUCUGCGUUUGUGCACCGCGAAAAGGCACCAGAGGAAACCAGCGAGGGCCUGUACCAACUUUCUUGCUGUGUCAUCUUUUUCCGCAUGAUGCAGCAGCAAACGGACCUGGCAGCUCAGACACACAACGGGGACUUGCUGGUCCGUGUCAUUGAGCAUGCAUGUAAUGUCAUGCACAAAAUGCAAGCCACAUGGAUGCAGAUGGCACAGCAGGAAUUCAAGAAACAGACGAGCGCGAAGCAUCCUGAUGACGUGAAUGGCGGCUUGGUCGAGUACCUCAUUGCUUUGGCCAACGACCAGCUGUCGAGUGCCGACGAGUGUGAGCGGCUGCUGCACACGCUGGCGGAGGCAGCACCACCGGAACGCCGAGGUCGUGUGCGAGAGUUGCUUGACACGGCUCUGAAUGGAUUUCUGGACAUUAGCAAGCACUGCAUUCAGCUGCUCGUGGACAUUGUGAUGUUUGAUUUGCGACCUGCCUUCAAGGACAUGUUCACAUUCCCAGCGUGGUACAUUGAGGGCACCACGGCCAUGAUCACAGAAACGGUACGUGACUAUGCUGGUGAUUACGCUGCCCGUCUCGAACCGAACCUGUACGAUGUGCUCUCCGACGACCUCGUGACCCGCCUGCUCACGACCUACCUUACGACGCUCCGCCAAUCAGCCCGGCUGCGCAUGCCCAAGGCUGCUGAGCGCUUCAAAGUCGAUAUCAGUGAACUGCUGAAUCUCAUCGCCGCGAUGCGUCCCCCUGACGAAGCAACCUCGCGUGUCGAAGUGCUGCAUAUGAUCCAUGCUAUUCUCAAUGCCCCUGCCUCCAUGGUUUUCCUACCGUACUGGACAUUUGCCAAGUCCCACGGCCCGAAUUUCGCGUUUAUCGAAGCGCUUCUUCGUGCGCGAGAUGACAUGGACAAAAGCGAUAUCGCAGCUAUCCUCGAGAGCGCGAAACGCAAAGUACGCCAAGAACACAUACCCGAUGUGCCUGAGGGCGGCCCGACGAUUAUGAGUGCCGUGUCGCAAGCACAAGCGUCGGCCCUCUCCAAUCUGUUUUCGAGUUGGAACACCGGGGCCGAAGGCAUUGCAUGGAGCACCUUGGCCCAGAGCGCCCAGAGCUACCUUGGCUCGGCCGGUUGGCGCCGCGACGCGUAG